CGGUGUUUUCUGACGCACAGGCGCUGGCACUUACGUAAACAAAACCAGUAACUGGAUUGAGCAACUAAAAGUUUCCACGCGUUUCAUUGUGGCGCUCCAGUCAGGCUGGUUUUGUAAACGUGCGACAGCAAACACAUAAAUAUACAUAAGCUAUGGGCUUUUACCUUAAAGUAGUGAUAAAAACCAUGAAACCUACAUCAGAGCGCUUUAUUCAUUUUAAUGACAAUUUAUUAGUACUAAAAAUAGUUUUUUUUAAAUUUGGACUUUGCCUAUUGCAUUGUUUUCUGGGAGAAGUGUCCAUUAAUUGUUCCCUUAAAAAAAAAAAAAAUUAUGUGCUUUUUAAAGUAACUGCUUUUCAUUACUUGGGUUUGAAACACAUGGUUGCCCUGGUGUUCCCAUUCAAAACGCCCUGGGUUACUGUGUAGGAAAUAAGACAGGAACAAAAACACAUUUUAUUUUGUCCAGCACAUUUUAAAACCUGAGUUUGGAACAUUGAGGGUAGAUUUAUUUCACUGCUAUCAUUGUGCAGUGUGAUUAGUGAGGAGAGUGCUCGCUGAAUGAAUAAGCACUGGCCUAAGCAAACAGUGAGAUAAAGUUGAGUUGGCCCAGCCCAAAUAUUCUCAUUCCUGCUUUCUCACAGGGCCAUGUAUUGCAAGGAGUGGUUAAAGGAGACAGAAGGUUUUAAAUCUGAAGAAUGUCGCUUGGUUAGUGGAUGACAUGGCUAACCGGUAAGGUCUUCUCUUCUGGAAGAAACUUGCAGUACAGUUGCUGAGGUGCUGAGAAUAGAAACACAAUGAAGCGGACACAGCACUUGGGUGGUUAAAUCUAUUCGGAAGAGAAUUACUGACACCCUCAGAAUCAGAUCUCCUAAAUCAUUUGGUAACUCACCUGAAGAGACAUGGCAUUCUGGAUUAUUUUACCCAUCAGUCUCAGUGCUGUUUCAUUCAUCGGAUGCUGGACGGUGUAUGGACUUGCAUUAAGAUUCCACCAUGUCUGCUCACUCAGUAACUGGGAAUACAGCAACUCAUGUCUGACAAAUGAAACUGGAAGUUGCUGCACGGGACAUAACAUACCCACCAUAAGUGGAAGUGGAACCAACUUUCCAGAAAAUUCCCUGUUUAGUGCUACAAUCAAUGGGGCUUCAUUUUUAUUUGUGGUUUUCAGUAUUUUCCAUCAUGCACAUAUCGUGAAAAAGUGCAGUGUGCACUCUCUCCUCAGUAAAUGUGCCAUGGUCUUUGGUUGUAUCGCUGGAGUUGGAGCCUUUGUGGCUGGAAACUGCAAUCCAGCAGAGCUGAUGUUUCUGCAUAACCUAGGUGCUGCUUUGAGCUUCGUGUGUAUCUGCUUCUACACGGUGCUGCUUACAUUUCUGACAAGCAGGUGCAUGCUAACUGGACUCGAGCGUGCCCUCUACCCAAUACGCAUCGUCUUCUCCAGCAUUCAGGUCAUACUGACCAUCCUCUAUUGCAUCUUCUUUUCUCAAAAGGAGUUCUACUACAGGCACAUUUCUGCCAUUUUCGAGUGGACACUCAGCAUGAACCUGGAGCUCUUCGAACUCAGCUAUGCUGUGGAGUUUUAUUUCUUCUCUUCUGCAAUGCUUUCGGUACUUCUCUCAAACAGGGAUGAAGAGAGCACUAUCAUUUUGUCCUGAUGGCUGACAUUUUGCCUUCUCUUCCUUUAGGUUAUUAAGCAACAAAUCUUUAUUUCUUAGUAGCUUGUGUUCAAAUUGGAAAGUCUAGAGAGAUUGUUAGAGAUGCAAACCUGUAAACUGGCCUGUGACUCAGGCAUGUAAGCAUAUUUUUUGCACAAAUGCAACCCUCAGCCUUGGUUGGAAUUUCAUACCUGCAGUAUUCUGUAAAUGUUAAAUAUACGCAGGCUGUAUAUGUUACAGAAUUCUCCCUCGGUAGUCACUGUAGUUAGCUUAUUUAAUCUAAUCACAAAAUACCUCUAACACUGAAAGAUUUUAUAGAAAUAAAUUCAUAUUAUAUGUAUAUGGUGGGGAUGUAAAUUUUGUCACGAUUGGAUAAAGCACAUUUAGUAUGUUUUGAGAAAUCUAGGCAUAUUACAUUACAUUUAUACAGUGUUUAUAUCAUAUGCUCUGUAAUGUAAAUGUAAAUAAACAACUCUCAUCUACACAAGACAACACUAAGUGGCUACCAAACUGAAUUAAUUUAAAGACCAAUAAAUUGAACUGUUUUGUUUGA